UGCGCGUGUGUGUGCGUCUUCAAAUGAAGAACAGAGAGCAGCUACAACAAUACCAACAACAACCAUAACAACAACUACGAAGCCAGCCAAACCAAACCAAACCAAAUGUGAAGUGUGGCCAAGCCAAAGCAAACAACUUUUGAUUUGAUUUAAUUCCAAGCAACUACAUCUACAACACUAAGGAAACCCCAAUAUAAAGGACAACGAAAUAUCUGUAUCUUGCAAUGCUGCCAUAUUCCAAAGGCUAAGCGCCAACAAUAGCAAUAACGACAACUAUCAAUAUAAUAACAAUAACAACAACAAGGACAAGAACAACAACUGCAAUUGAAAGCGCACAGCGUGCUGUUUGUUACAUAAUUAUUUCCUCCCCACAAGCGUGAACUGCAAUCUGUCAAGCUGGCGUCCCUAAAGCGAAAUAACAACAAUAUAAGCAAUUAUAAUAACAAUAUAAUGUGGAGUAGUACGAUAUCACCAACAAACUCAAAGAAACUGUUAAUCGGUAGUACACGAAGCGUCGAUUAUGUCGGUGAUAGUGCAACAACAACAGCAACAUCAGCACCCAAAGCCAAAACAAUCCAAGCCACAGGAGCAGGAGCAGGAAUUGGAGCAAAGCCAACGGCAACGGCUAAAGCGUAUACGGUGGUGUCCAACAAAACAGCGACAGCAACAGCAACAGCAACUACAACAACAACAACAGCACAAGCAGCAACAACAAACACAACAACUAAAAUCUCAAUUGAAAUGGAACUUCAUAUACAAAAUAAGUGCAUUUCGGCAUAGCGCAUCACUCUGGAGGGUGGUGCGGAGCCGCCAUGGCUGCAGGGCCCCCUUAAAGCAGCAUUUUUGGGGGCUACUGGCGUCGGCAAAACAAGCAUAUUACAGCAAUUUUUCUACCAUGACUUUCCCAAAACUCAUCAGACGACGACACGUCGCAAAAUCUACAAAAAUUGUCUGGUCUGCGAUACUUGCAUUCGGGAGCUGAUGGUACUGGACGUUCCGCCCCAGAAGCGAUUUCCGGCUGAUAACUUUGCUGAAUGGAAUAAUGGACAUCCGCUGGGGCUGCGAACGGUGCACGCAUAUGUGCUCGUCUACGACAUGGGCAAUUUGGAAACAUUUCAGUACUGCCGCUCGAUGAGAGAUCAAAUAUUGGAUAGUUUCAGUCAUCGUGAUUUUAGCAUAAUUGUGGUCGGCAAUAAAUAUGAUAGUGUGACUGAGGCGCAAGCCAACUCGCAGGAGCUCAAGGACAUUUCCACACUGGUGCGCAAGCAUUGGCGUUGCGGCUACGUCGAGUGUUCCGCGCAAUAUAACUACAAAAUCGGCGACGUCUUUCGUGAGCUGAUGGGCUGUACUAGCACGGGAGGCGUGGUUGGUACUGAAUUUUCACAAUCAACUAGAAAUAAAGGACGUUGUACAAUACUUUAGCAAAUGCUGCAUAAGUUUUUAAAGCCAACACUUUGAUGUAAGCGCCUUUAUCUUUACCUACGACUGUAUUGUUAGUUCACGGGGCGUAUGCGCAACGCGCAAAGCGAAAUUUUUGAGAACGUGUCAUGAAAUGGGCCAAGUGCAAAUGCAGAAGUAGAAAAAAAGCCAAAAAAGUUUGCUGCUACAUUGUUGUAGACCAGUCCCGGCCCGGGCAUCACCACGUCGAAUACACUAUUCCCGCUUUCCUGCUUGCUCAUGCAUAUUUUAGCAUAUUUUUAGUGUUGACUGUCGGGCAAUACUCUGGACGCUGCAGUACUUGCAGUUGCUGCAUUUACUGCCGAGUCCUUUGUUAUUAUUAUUACAACAUUUUGCUGGCUGCUUUUGUUUAAGGGGCCCCUUUGUGUUUGCCCGCUUCCUUUCCUUCCUUUUGUUUGCUGCCGUUUUAAAUGGAAAACGAACGCUUCACCAUUGCAAAUGGCGAACGUUUGUGAAGCCAUUGCACCAUCUCUUUAUAGCCAUCCCGAGCAUCUCAUUGACAACUUUCGUUCAUUUGAAUUUCAAUUUUGAGCAAGCACUUUGCUAUUAACUUGAAGCAACGAAACUUUGUCCCUAUCUAGAUGCUUCAACUGAGCGGCUGCAAGGAGCAGGAAGAAUGCACCACACACCAAAGGCACACACAUAUAAAUCUGCCAUUGAAUAAUUGUUUUUGUUACCAAAUAGACAUAUUGAAGAAUUAUUUCUCGUGGUACGUAAAUAGGUAAUUAUCCCACCACAAUUUACAAUACAUUUUAUGCAAAAAGCAAAAAACAAAAAACCGAAUGAAUAAAAUGCUGGUAUUAACAAAACGGCAAUAGCGUUUAAAUAAAUAUUAUACGACUAUAGUGAAUAAAUAAAUAUGCCUAAUUGUAAG